CACCACAGCACCAGCGGCUGCAUCAACCGACAGAGUGAAGCAAACCAGUGCACGAAAAGUUAGCAGAACAUGUGUUGAACUACUCAGUUUGCGGAGUUUACCUGGAUGCUCACUGGAUUUGACAACAUUGCUCGGGUCUGCAAGUGGAUAGCUAUGCCAGAGAUACAGAACCAAUCAGGGCUAAUGCACAAAGGAACACACAUGGCCUCUUGAGCUGCGACCGUGAACCGUGCUAUCAAGGAAAUUCCUCGGUCCUCCAGUGUAACCUCCGUGGGUGCUCUAUCUGCCGGUUUGUACAGCUGCCCAAGCUUCUGUUUCUACAGAAAACAAAGCACACACAAAGCCAACUCUGUACGGACGGGGUCUCUCAGGAGGUCGCUGCGAGCUGAAGCCAUCACGCCCCAACCAGCAGGCCUUUGACCAUGAUAACACUGAGACCGGAAAAGAACAGCAGCUUGUUGAGUAGCAUGACCUGAAGUGGAUAUCUGUAUCUCUAUAAGCUGCAGCAAAACACAGAAACAAGGACUCUGCAGGGAGACACAAUGUCUACUGAAGAAAAUCAAACCCAGGUUGGGUCUGUCGUCCUGGCUCAGCGUGCUUCACCUCCAUGCUCUGGCAGCAGACCGAACAGAGAAACCAGACAUGACAGCCAGGAAGUGUGGCGAUACUCCGACCAAUUAUGGAACUCAAAACAGAGGAGCAGCCCUUCCCUCAUCUUUUAUCGGAAGUUGUCGUGUGACAGUGGGAAAGACACAAUUCUGGAUGAGGAAUACGAUUGUCUGGAUCACGGCUCCAAACUCCCGGGCGCCGAAGAGAAACUUCAUCCAGAGCCUUCAGCUGGCAGGAGAAUUGUUGGAAUAACUCCGAUACCUGGGAAAAGUUCAGAAGGCUCUCCCUGCCAGCUGGACACCUCUGGACAGGGUGUGGAUGCAGCAGGAACAGAACUGGCAGAACCCUCUGCUCCUGCACCCGGUCUAGCCUUCACACAAGCAAACAUCUAUUGUUGCCACAGCUACAGAUCCAGUCCGAGCCACAGCUCCAGCUCCAGCCCUGUUCAGAGCCCCCGCCGCUGCCACAGCCCCGCUCAGCACCACCGGAGACACGUCCGCCGCAGCAGCCUGCCGGUGUCUAUGCUGGCGUUAAACAAGAUGUCACCCUACCUCUCAACCCGGUGCGGUCCCUCCAGCGAACCGAGCUCUUUAGUGUCGUCCCCUUGUAAUUCCCCCCUCCCCAAGCACCGGCAGCAUCCCCAGAACGGACACAUCCACCAGCACCGUCUCAACGAUGGCUACUCCAGUUUAGAGAGGCUCAACAGGAAGCCCAGGGUGGACAAAAACUCCCUGGAGAAGGUGUUUCUAAGACGAGCAUCUCUAGAAACCAUGAAGACGACCUUGAGGAACGACGAGAGGUCAUCCUCGGGAGUGACCAGAGACUACAGCAGGGGCAGCAGCAGCAGUGAGGAGGAGGAGGAGGAGGAUGAAGAGGAUAACUCCGAGUUUAUUAGGAACCGUAAAGAGCGUUCCACUGUCCUAGUCAGGCGCUUCUUCAAGAAUAAUAAAAAGGUGACCAAGUCAGUGUGUACUGGAACCAGAGCCAUCGUCAGGACGCUGCCAUCAGGACGCAUCUCAGAGGAGGUCUGGGACGUGGUGGUGAAUCACUGGAUAUGGAAACCCAGCAAGAAGGAUUUGUGGCCAAUCGUAACGCGUGGGAUGGGGGAAGAAUCAAAAGUCUGCAGGGAGAUACUGCGUUUGGUUGGAGUUGAGCUACAACAGGUUAGCAACUAUGUGCAGGACAGAGAGGAGCUCAACCUGAUUCAUCCCGCCAAAAAGCUCCUGCUGUCUCGCCCUGGAUGUGUGUGUCUCAGGGAGUCUCGCUGGCCAUCCUGCCUCGAUCCCUGCUACUGUCAUCCUUUUUUUCCACCUAGGUUUUACCGGGCUUGUGUGCAGAGGACGUCCGCGUGUUCCCUGCUGUCCGGAGCCCUGCUGGAGGCCACAGCAUCUCUCGGGAACCGUUCCGCUCUGCCCUGCCCUUUACCCCAGAUCCCCAACAGCCACGCCGUGCUGAAAGAGCGUCAGCUGGCCAACAGCAUGAACAGCAGCGGCUCUCUGCCUCCCAGUGUCAGUGGGAUCAGUAAGGAUCUGGCAGACUUGUGUCACCUUGUUCAGUUCCCCGAGGAGAUUGCCUGCAUCCUCACCGAGCAAGAGCAGCAGCUUUACCAACGGGUCUUUCCUUUGGACUACCUCUGUUUCCUCACUCGAGAUUUUGGCAGUCCCGAGUGUCAAAACAAGCGCCACCCUAACCUCAAGGCCUCGCUGUCUGUGACCGCCAUGCCUACCCAGAGUGCUCAGCGAAGCAACGCUGUGGAGGACCUGGUGGCACGAUUCAAUGAGGUGAGUUCAUGGGUGACGUGGCUGAUCCUGACUGCUGGGUCCAUGGAGGAGAAGAGAGAAGUGUUUUCCUACCUGGUCCAUGUCGCUAAAUGCUGCUGGAACAUGGGAAACUACAACGGAGUCAUGGAGUUUCUGGCUGGACUCAGGUCCCGCAAGGUGCUGAAGAUGUGGCAGUUUAUGGACCAGUCGGACAUCGAGACCAUGAGGAGCCUGAAGGACGCCAUGGCUCAGCACGAGUCUUCUGCUGAGUACAAGAAGGUUGUGACCAGAGCCCUCAAUAUCCCAGGAUGCAAGGUGGUGCCCUUCUGUGGGGUUUUUCUGAAGGAGCUGAGUGACGCGUUGGAUGGGACAGCAAGCAUCAUCAGCCUCAAACCACCUGUGGAUAAUACAGAGGACUCAAUCGAGUUUGUGUCCGACUACAGUGGCCAGCACAACUUCAUGUCGCGCUCGGGUCCUGAUGGACUACACAUCCCAGAGAAAGAAGCCACUGUCAGCAACAUCCUCCAGAUCAUCAGAUCCUGUAAUCGUAGUUUGGAGGCAGAAGAUCCUGAUGAUGCUUCCACCAGUCCCUCGUCUAUUGGCCAAUCUCCUGCGUCCAGAAACAACUCCUUCAGGGACCGUUGCCGCAAUCAAUUCAUGGUGGGGGAUUUGUCCGAUUCAGAGGGGGACCUGUCGUCUGAGCCGGGGGUGAAGGAGGUGGAGUUUCAGGGGACUGAGGAGACGCACAGAGCCUUCAGCCAUGGCACUGAGCUCAUUCCCUGGUACGUGCUGUCGCUGCAGCCGGACGUUCACCAGUUUCUGCUGCAGGGGGCCACGGUCAUCCACUACGACCAGGAGAGCCACCUAACAGCUCGCUGUCUGCUGCGGCUACAGCCCGACAACACAACACUCACCUGGGGUAAUCCUCAGAGUGGAGGGGCUUCCCCUGCAGAGCAGCCACUGGGAUUAGGACAGUCUGUAGUGGCAGGACUAGCAGAGGGCCUCUUGGAUCUGGCAGUAGUGAAGGCAGUGUUCAUGGGUCAUCAGGCAGUGGACGUCCAUGCUGUGUGUUUGCAAAACAAGCUGAGCCAGAUGACGGUCGAGGAGAAUGGUCUCAGCCUCCUUUACGGUCUCAGUACCACCGACAACAGGCUCCUGCACUUUGUGGCCCCCAACCACACUGCAAGGAUGCUCCAUAAGGGCCUGUCGGAGUUGGUGAAUGCAACCAGAAGAUUGAAGAAGUUUCCUGACCAGAGGCUGCAGUGGCUGAGGAAGCAGUAUGUCAGCAUGUAUCAGGAGGAAGGCAAGUACGAAGGCCCUACACUGGCUCAUGCGAUAGAGCUGUUUGGUGGGCGGAGGUGGAACAUGGGUACAGGCGGAGUGGAGAAAUCUAAUGCCCAGAAAAACAACCCUCUGGGUAAUGAUAAGGCCAAGAAGAAGAAGAAGGUCCUUGUCAGGGGAGACAGUGGGGACGCCACGGAUGAUGAAAUGGUUUCCAGGAAAACACGGAGCUGUAAGGAGGGACUGUAUCGGAACGGGCUGGAGUCUGACAGCAUCGACCACGAAGAUCCAGAGGACAGCUUCCCUGGUCCAUUCUCCCUCUCGUCCAGUAAAAGCCCUGGAUUCCUGGGCUCUUCUUCUUCCUCUUCUUCCUCUUCCUCCAGUAUGGCGGGGUCCAACCAUUCCCGCCCACAAUCCUCUCCUGUCCUCUCUGGAACUGUCAAGCAACAGCCAGGGGCGUGGAGCAGCAGGUCAUGGCACGGCCGUGGUAAAGGCUGUUUCAAAGGCUUCCAGAAUCUCAUGAUUUCGGACAGCACCAUGAGCUUCAUCGAGUUUGUGGAGCUCUUCAAGUCUUUCAGUAUCCGAAGCAGGAAGGACCUGAAGGAGCUGUUUGACACCUUCGCUGUCCCCUGCAGUCGAUCAUCUCCAGAGUCUGCGCCUCUCUACACCAACCUCAGCAUCGAUGAUAAAGACACGGGGCUGCAGCCAGACCUCGACUUAUUAACCCGCAAUGGUUCUGACCUUGGCCUGUUUAUCCGGACGAGGCAGCAGAUGUCUGACAACCAGAGGCAGAUCUCGGACGCCAUCGCAGCCGCCAGCAUCGUGACCAACGGGACGGGAGUGGAAAAUGCUUCGCUAGGCGUCUUGGGAUUGACCAUCCCUCAGCUCAACGCCUUCCUAGUGAACUGUCAGAGGGAGCACUUGAGCUACGAUGAGAUUCUCAGCAUUAUACAGAGAUUUGAGCCUUCAUCAAGCAUGAGACAGAUGGGUUGGAUGUCGUUUGAAGGCUUUGCAAGAUUCCUGAUGGAUAAGGAGAACUUUGCUUCUCGUAAUGAGGAAUCCCAGGUGAACCCAGAGGAGCUGCAGUACCCUCUGUCCUACUACUACAUCGAGUCUUCUCACAACACCUAUCUGACUGGACACCAGCUCAAAGGAGAGUCCUCUGUUGAGCUUUACAGUCAGGUGCUUCUGCAAGGCUGUAGGAGCGUGGAGUUGGACUGCUGGGAUGGAGAUGAUGGCAUGCCAGUUAUUUACCAUGGACACACGCUCACCACUAAAAUACCCUUCAAGGAUGUGGUGGAAGCCGUAAACCGGUCAGCAUUUGUCAAUACGGACAUGCCCGUCAUCCUGUCCAUAGAGAACCACUGCUCCCUUCCACAGCAGCGCAAGAUGGCUGAAAUCUUCAAGACGGUGAUUGGGGAACGCCUUGUGACGCGCUUCCUCUUUGAAAGUGACUUCAGCGAUGACCCUCACCUGCCGUCUCCGCUGCAGCUGCGGGGGAGAAUACUCCUCAAGAACAAGAAGCUCAAAGCACACCAGGCGCCGGUGGACAUACUCAAACAGAAGGCUCACCAGCUGGCCCACAUGCAGGCUCAGGCUAGCAACGGGUCACCAGCGGCUACUUCACCUAACAACCACACCAAUGAGGAUGAGGAAGAGGAAGAAGACGAGUACGACUACGACUAUGAGUCUCUAUCAGAUGCUGAUGUCCUCACAGCCUCUACUGCCUCGUAUAGUCUGGAAGAUAACAUCCUGGAUGACAAACCAGAGGGGAAAAGCCCAGCGGACAAAGAGGAGCCACCUGUUGAUGAAAUACCUAAGAGGAUGAAGAAGUCUGACAGCACCACGCCGAGCAAAGGAAAGGUGUUUGACAUGGAGCUUGGCGAGGAGUUUUACCUUCCUCAGAACAAAAAGGAGAGUCGACAGAUUGCCCAGGAGCUGUCCGACCUCAUCAUCUACUGCCAGGCUGUGAAAUUCCCUGGCCUGUCCACGCUGUCUCCUGCCGGCUCUGGCAGAGGGAAGGACCGGGGAAAGAGCAUGAAGUCCAUAUUUGGUACAGCUCCUGCUCCCGCGCUGACUCAGAGCCGCACCCCUGGUAAAGGUGGCAGCGAGCGACUGAGCUGGGAGGAGCAGCAGCAGACAUCUCCCAUCCUGAACCCCCCCACCUCACUCAGCGCCAUCAUCCGCACGCCCAAGUGCUAUCACAUCUCCUCCGUCAACGAGAACGCCGCCAAGCGCCUGUGUCGCCGCUACUCUCAGAAGCUGAUCCAGCACACGGGCUGCCAGCUGCUCAGAACUUACCCAGCAGCCACUAGGAUCGACUCGACAAACCCCAACCCUCUGCUCUUCUGGCUGCACGGCAUCCAGCUGGUGGCCCUCAACUAUCAGACUGAUGACUUGCCCAUGCAGUUGAACACAGCUCUGUUCGAGGCCAACGGCGGCUGUGGCUACGUCCUGAAGCCGGCGGUGCUGUGGGACCGUAGCUGUCCACUCUAUCAGCAGUUCUGUCCGAUGGAGAGGGAUGUGGAGAAGAUGAGCCCCGCCGUCUACUCUCUCACUAUUGUCUCUGGUCAGAACGUGUGUCCCGUGAAUAACGCUGGCAGCCCCUGCAUUGAGGUGGAUGUUCUGGGCAUGUCCAUCGACAGCUGCCACUUCCGCACCAAGCCCAUCCACCGCAACACCCUGAACCCCAUGUGGAGCGAGCACUUCCAGUUCACCGUGCACUUCGAAGAGAUGUGCUUCCUGCGCUUUGCCGUGGUGGAGAACAACAGCUCCCAGACCACUGCUCAGAGGACGCUGCCUCUGAAGGCCCUCAAGCCAGGUUACAGACAUGUCCAGCUGAGGACGCAGCAUAAUGAACCCCUGGAAGUGUCGAGCUUGUUUAUCUACAGCCGCAGAAUAGAGGAAGGUCCCACAGGGGGCGCUACUCCCUCAUCACUGCUGUUCAGUUCAGAGGAGAAACACGCGUCGCAGCAGCACAAGGUGACGGUGUACGCAGCUCCUGGCCCUGAACUCUUCACCGUGUUCUCUGUGACAGAGCAGACCACCGCCAAGCAGCUGCUGGACACGGUCGUAGCAUCUUCGGGAAACCCAUCAGAGUACUUCCUGUGUGAGGAGAAGGUUCCUCUGUUGAAGGAGCGCAGCGAGGUGAAGCGUUGUGCUCAGCACCGUCCUCUGGCACCGGAGGAGGAAGUGGUCAGACUGGUUUCCAGCUGGAACUCAGAGGAGGGAUACGUGGGGAGGAUCUGCCUCAAAACAAGAGAGGAGAACUUGAAUGACAAGAACUCGGUGCUGGACGGAGAGGACGAGGUGACAGUAGGAGGUAGAGAAGGAGUAGGAGGAGGAGCAUCAGAGGACGAUAUGUUCUUCGUCCAGGUCCAUGAAGUUUCCCCAGAGCAGCCGCACACUGUGAUCAAGGCCCCGCGCUACAGCACGGCUCAGGACAUCAUACAGCAGACUCUGUCAAAGGCCAAGUAUUCCUACAGCAUCCUAGCCAAUCCCAACCCAUGUGACUACCUCCUGAUGGAGGAAGUGACGAAGGACGCCGGCUCGAAGAAGUCCUCCACCUCCAAGCCCCUGCAGCGGGUGCUGCUCGAUCACGAGUGUGUCUACCAAGCUCAGAGCCGCUGGAGGGGCGCGGGAAAGUUCAUUCUUAAAUUCAAAGAGCAGGUGGUGCGGGAAGACAAAAAGAAAGUCAUUUCCUUCGCCAGCGAGCUGAAGAAGCUGACCAGUCGCAGCCGCAGCAUGACGACAGGUGGGGGGGUGGACAGUCCGGCGCAGAGUAAGGAUGAUAGAGCGGCAUGCUGUGUGGCUCUGACCGAGCUGCAGGAGUGAGGCUCACUGCUGUCUGUGCAUGGGAAGACAACAGAGGGUAUCUGUCUGCAGCUGCAGGGCUGAAGGCGUGGGUGUCAGAGGGCAGGGUGGGGGCAGGGAGGUUCCUACAGACCUCUUCCUCCUCAUCAUCCUCCUUAAAGGAGCAGCUCCACCUGCCCACCUCCUCUCUGACCCCCUCCACCUGGAAGCUCCACCUGCUCAGGAACUGGAAGAUCCACAAAUGAAGAGAGACACUAAGGUUGGCCACUUCUAAAUUUGGAGGGUUCUCCUUUCAAAAAAAGACGUCCGACACAUUGUGGGAUUCUGGGAUACGCUCCUCUCAAAGGAGUCAAAUGCUCCUCUUGUUGGUUGAGCAAGUUGAGGAUGUGAUUCAGCCCUCUUUGCGUGGUCACAUGAUGGGCAGGGGUUUAACUCAGCAUCACUUUAAAAUGGUGACGAUCAUGUGGGGGGGGGCGGCAGGAAGCUCUUCUUGGUUUAUUGGUUGUAGAGCAGCUCCACAGAGAGGCGGAGAACCAGAGGCAGCUGCUCUUAUUGAAGUCGUAUGUGAUCAGGGUCUCAAAGUAUUCCUUUUCCUGACGAUAAAAGGAGCAUUUCCCUGAAGCACAUUUGAAGGAGAAGCAGGAAUGGGGGCCAGUUUUUAUCUCCCCAAAAAUGACACCAUGAGAGAUGAAGGAGGGCUGCAAAUGUCCUCUGGGUUGAAUGAGAACCAGAUGUAAUCCAAGAGAUAGAGUCCUAGCACAGGAUGACUUUAUUAUGUAUUCGGUUCCAAGAAGGUUUGUUAUUGGUUCCCCCUUUGCUUGUAUCGCACAAAUGAAGCACAGAGCAGACAGAGGGAGGUCUGCAUGUCCGAGAGGAAAGGGAGAUGUGAGCGGAAGAGGUUAAAAAGUAUUCUUCUCUCUUUCUCAGGUAUGAGCUCUUUCUUUCUAAGGCAUUGUGAAGGAGGCUGACAAGCUGGCUUGUUUGGUUAUUUCUUCCUGUUCCAGUUUCACAGUACUGUAAGGGCUCAUGUUGGGCAGCGCUCCCAGGAUGAAGCAGUGUUCAGAUAUUCUGUAAAGGAGCGGCAGUGCUUCAGGGGGUUUCUUGGACACUGCUGUCGCUGCCCUGAAGGUGACGAUACGUGCCGAGCAUUUCAAGGCAGUCUGCAACAUUAACUAGUGCAGGGGCAGAUGUGAAACCAUCCCAUAUCACUUUGUUUGUGAUAGAGUUGCCUUUAACUGAUGCCAUACUGCCCUGCAGUUAAUGAAGUCAUGGUGUAGUUGUAUAUCAGGCUGGUUUCACAAAGCAUUUUAUUUCGGGACAAAAGUCCUGAAAGAAGUUAUGUUUAUAAAUGUAAACAUCUCUGAAACACUUAUGAUGGCUUAAGAAAUGAAGUGAAAGUGAAAUAUUGUCUUGUGGCCGUACAAUACUUUAACCAAAAUAAAAUGUUUCUAUAAUUGGCCAAAAUAUCAGAUUAUCUUUCCUAAUGAGGAUUACAAUGUGACCAGAUAUUAGUUCCCAGUUUGUGUCUUUGCUAACACUGUUCACAGGCCUAAAACAAAUAAAUAUUUCCUCCUUUGUUUGUAGGGAAUAAUGAUUAUAGUUUUAAGAUCCUUUGGAGAAACACAGCCAGGUCUUCUUAAAACAAUAUUUUGCACAUUUUUCCUUUUGCUGUCAUUUCCGUGUGUUUCUUUAACUGUCUGAAAAGAGAGACUCGAUUGUUGUGAGGUCGUCAAAAACAUGUUAGUUUUUUUGUGCUAACCGUAUGUUUUACUGUCAUUUCCAGUUGCGAAUUUAGAUUUGAGGAGAGCGUGAGAUUUUUGUUCUUAAACCUUUUGUGGAACUCAAAUGUAACACAUAUCUUCCUUAAGAAUAGAUGAAAUUGUAUUUAGAUUUGCGCCUCUUGAUUUUAAAUGCAGGAUCUUUCUAGAUGAGUAGUUUUGAUAGCUUGUCAAUAAUGACUUUAGACGUUUCUUUAUUUCUCUAUUUCUACUGCUCAUUUGCAUUUUCUUUCCUGAACAUUUACUUAAAUGUGAUUGACUAGGGGCCACUAUUCCCCUUUCUUAUGUUUUGAUGUGUAACAUUUCCAUAUUUGUAGGUGUAGAUGACCUUUUAUCUUUAUAAAAAAGUAUUAUUUGGCACUUCAGUUAUUAAUACAUAGUGUUUCCUUGCCACUAGCCUAAACAUGUAUUGACACUACACCAAUUUGUUUGGCGAAAAUAAGAAAACAGACCCUAAAACCAUAAUCUAACCAUCGUGUGACAUAUUUCCUUCAUUACAUCUGAAGAAAAUCAGUUUUGUGAGUUGUAAACCUUAAAACAAUUUGGGAUUCAGAUGAAUUGUACUGUUUUUCAACACAAUCCAACAUAACACAUGACAGACACCAAAUUCUAUUAUAAUGUUUCCCUUUUUCUUUUAUCGUCCAUGCUCCACAAAAGUAAAUAUUGUCUCCUUUGAUUUUCAUCUGUCCGUAAAAAAAGACUUUACUGAGUGCCAAGUAAUGAUGUUUGAAUUUGAGUGCAAUACUCCUGGUUAGUAAGUCCUUACCUUGAUUUGUUUAAAUGUCAUUCUCACACACAGCUUAUCUGUUAUCACUGAUCUAAAUCUAGAUUGAAAUUAAAACCACAACUCUAAACCUGUGAUAAAAGCAACUGCUUGUGUAACUAUGUGUAACUAACAGAACAUGUCCCUUUCCGUUACAUUUAGAAUCAGUGAAGCAGAUUUUCUCCCUUCUUUCGAACACGUAGACCUCAUUUCUGAAUGUACCAUUUCUUAAUGCGUUGAACCCGAUGUUAUUUAUUUUAAUGUGAAGCCCUGGUUGGCAUUUCUCUGUUUGUGUAUUUCCUGUAAGUAGUUUUUUUUAUUUAUUUGAAUAUGUGAGAGGAUUAACUCUCCACUGCCCUGACUUUACUCAAACUUAUUUAGAGACUAGAAAAGUAUUUUACUUUAUGUGUAAAAUAUUCAGCAGUAUCCAUUGGCCUGGCAUGUUAUUCUGCAGCACACAGCAGCGUCUUUGAAUGCCUUUUUAUUGUGUGACCUUUCAGAAAUGUGGAUAAAAGCUGACAAAUACCCAUCUUGCUGUAUUCAUUAUAUCGUGAUUAUGACAUGUGUGUUUCAUUAUUAGCACUCUGUUGUUUCCAGAAGAUGUGCAGUAUACCCUUUAACAUUCACUAUUCAUGUUAUCAUGUGAACAUUUGUCUAUUUACUUGAAUUUUUAAAUGUAAGAGAAAUGGUGGAAUUGUCAUUUAGCAGGAUCACAAUAAAAAUAUAACUACAAAUCUUA